UGUGGAUGUGACGGUCUCAAGAGUGAAAUACAGUCACGAAGAUGAAGGAAUAUGUCUUAUAUCUGGUUACCAUCUCUUUGCUGUGCGUUACAGACUCGUAUUGCCCUCUGGAAGGCGUGACUUCAAAUGACCCUGAACUUUACCCCUGCCUCGCCGUGUCACGUGACCAGCUGAACUGGGUGGACGCUCUGAAUGUGUGCGAGACGAAUGGUGGGACACUGGUGAAGAUAGAAACUGACAAACAACAGGACUACAUCAAGGACAAUCAAAGAAAUAAGAAAUAUACCUGGUUUGGCAUGAACGAUUUGGCGAUUGAGGGAUCAUUUGUGUGGACAGAUGGCAAUGACGUCACAUGGUUCAACUGGAGAAAUGAACAGCCAAACGGCGAUGAUGACCAGAACUGUACAGCGAUUGACGAGCGCUAUGAGUGGCAAGACAAGGAGUGCGAAGAGCUCUACUAUUACGUGUGUCAAAUAACAUCUAACAGCGAACCAGUGCCCAAUGUGUAUGACCCAGCAAGUCCUCAGAUUGUGGACAAAGAGGCUACGUUAAAGGUGCCGGAAUCGUCCCGAGACAUUGAAUUGAUGAGCCUUCUGAUGGUCGAAGAUGAAGUCGUUUGUGUCAUGCAUUGUCUCUACAAUCCAGGGUGUGUAGUCCUGGGGUAUGGACCAGCCAAGACUCCGCACAACUGCCUUCUCUACAAAGAGGCACUCGGUGGCUAUGCCCCGCUGUUUAGGGGAUGGAAUGUGUAUGCGAUCACAGGAUAGACGCAAACCAUUGUUGGAUCCGUGUUGAAUGGGAAUUGGGUGUCGUGUUUGGAUCGGGUUGGUUCUAGCCUUCUAGGUUCUAGGGUUUGGUUGGUCAGUUGGGUUGUUGUUUAACGCCGCACUCAGCAAUAUUCCAGCGAUAUGAUGCAUGUCAUCGUAUCCCAAUUGCGUAGAUCGAUGCUCACGAUGUCAAUCACUGGAUUGUCUUGUCCAGACUCGAUUGUUUAACGACCUCCGUCAUAUAGCUGGAAUAUUGCCGAAUGCGGCGUUAAUCAACAAACAAACAAAGCAUAGAGAUAACCGAAAGUAUUGUGUCAAGUAAAAUAAUUUCACCACGUAAAAGGCAAACGAAAGGGAAAUCAAAAUUAACAUAUACAUAUUUUAAACCUUAACUACUGGGCAAAAGAAAGUUUUCACCGACUUCACUUGACCAAACACCAAAAACAAAGGCAUAUGUGAGAUUUAUGAUGAUUAAUUUAUAAACAGAAAUCAUUUUCAAUGAAUUAGAAUGAAAAUGCAUUGUAAUGCCGAUAUUGCAUUCUCCGCAAUACACAAAGAAAGAGCCAAGGGGUCCAAAUUAAAACUAAAAGCAAAUGAGAGUUCAUUGAAAAAGUGCAUGAAGAGUCCAUUAAUGACACAGUAGUCAGGUGACACGUCAUCAAUAGCGAGUGUGACCUCCCUGGGCAUCCAUGCACGCCAACACACGCCUCCUCAUUGAUGUCGGCGGAUAACGUCAACAAGAAUCCUGUUCCAUAAGUUCAAUAGAGUCUGUUCAAGUUCCUGUCGGUUCGCUGGAGGCGGUACAUGUUGUCUCAGCUGACGAUCAAGAUGAUCCCAGAGAUGUUCAAUGGGGUUAAUGUCUGGAGAACAAGGUAGCCAGGGCAAUACGUUGACGUUAACGUUGUUCAAUAGUCUUGAACAAUUCGGGCGGUGUGAGGCCUUGCGUUCUCUUGUUGCAAAAUUUAUCCUCUUGGCUUGUGUUGAAUAAAGGGCACCACAAUAGGUCUCAACACUUCAUCCCUGUAUCGCUGAGCAUUCAGGUUUCCUCGGAUGAUAACCAGCCGUGUUGUGAGCUGGCCACAAAUGCCACCCCAUACCAUGACGCCUCCACCUCCAAACGGGUGAGCUUUUCUAAUGCAGUUUGGCGCCAGUCGCUCUCCCCUUCGUCGAAAAACUCGAACUCUGCCAUCGUUCCUGAACAGACAGAACCGACUUUCAUCUGUAAAGAGCACUCUCGCCCAGUCACGUCGCUGCAACCGACGUACAGUUCAUGCCCAUUGCAGUCUGCGUUGACGGUGUAGACAGGUCAAGGCCAUUCCACGGAAGGGUCGUUAGGCUCGUAUACCAGCCGUACGAAGUCGUCGAAGGACUAUUCGUCUGCUGAUGGCAUGCCCUAGUGCUGUUGCCGCCGUUGACGUCGCCGUCACACAUCUGUUUCGGAGGUGAAUCUGCCGGAUGUAGCGGUCUUCGGCCGGUGUUGUCACUCUCGGUCUUCCCGAUCUUGGCCGGUCUUGAGUCUGUCCUGUCUGUUGGUAGCGGAUUAUCAACUUGAUGAUGGUGGUCUGGGAACAGUUGAAGGUUCUGGCUAUCUGACGUUGAGUAGCCCCCAUAUUGGCCAUACCGAUCGCUCUGUCUAGUUGCGCUUGUGUAAGUCUGGGCAUAUUCAUGGUGGUUUUUUGCUUACUGAAUGCCUGCUCUGCCCAACGUCGGUAUUUAUGCCACAAUCACGCCCGUGCAUUUGGACCAAUGUCUCAAAAUCACGUUUUGCACGUUUUCAACAAUGCAUGAUUUGGAAAGCUGCGUUCGAAAAUCUGCGUUGUGGUUGUGGUCAUGUUUCAUUUGGGCGAAUGUUUUCUGCGGGGGUUCAAACCUGUACCAGCUUUUUAGCUUUAUAUACAAUAUUUUUAAAAUGAAAAUUUUCUUUCGCCCGGUAGUUUAAAUGGGAGAGGUUAUCUCUAUACGUACUAGAUAUGUUCACAUUGUUCUCAGGUUUCAAUAAAAACUAGAAAUUCCGAAAUAUCUUUGUUAAAAAAAAAGAGUUUAAAAAAGAGUUUAUGUGGUUAGAUCACAUGCAUUUACAUGUCUUUUGUAGCUCAUGUACUUCUUGUACUUUUCUCUGUAACAGGAGGGUUGGUUCAAAGUUCUUAGCCUCGCAUAGAAAGACUUAACCGAAAGACAUUAGAAUGUUCUCUUGUUCAACUUAACUUUGGUUUACAAAUCGAGACUGGAAUAUAUUCAAAUACCCCUCUCGAGCAAAGGUUACGUUAUCAUUGUCAAACAAAUGGAGAAUUUAUUGUUGAAGAUGAAAUCCUUGUUUUGUUUGUUUGUAAAUUAUAUAAUGAUGUUAUACAUAUUUUUAUCGCUCCCCUUAUUUUCAUAAUUUAGAAAAAAACUAAACAUUCUAAUAUACAUCAUUUGUAAUGAAAAUGUCCAAACAAAUCUAUGCUCUAUUUAGAAACCCUGUUUUGUAAAUUGUAAACAUUUUAUGUGCGGUUCAAUCUGUUCUUUCAAUGUAAACAUGUAUUAUGGGCCUGUGGCCUUUCACUGAAAUAAAAUUGUCUGUCUGUC